AUGCAAUUGACCAUGACUCAGGCAUUCUCUCCGCCGCGCUGCUCUGAGUCAGCUCGCUUCUUCUCACAGACGGUGCGCCAGCGAUCCGACGACAGAGAUUUGGAAGAAGCGCAGCGCAAGGCCGAGGAAGACUUUGACCGCCAGGCCGCCACGGAUGCUCACCAGGAUGUAGAGGAAUCUAUCCGCCAGACUGAGGAGGAUAUUCAGGAGGCGAUGCAGGAGGUCCAGCCCUCAACACAGGGUUCUCCAUCCGCCGGUGCUCACUCGGCCUUCGUCCGCAACAUUGUGUUUGAGCUUACCGAGGACCACCUGGUAAAGGCUUUCUCGAAAUAUGGCACCGUCCAGAACGCCCACAUUGCGCGCGAUCCCCGCGGUCUGAGCAAGGGGUACGGUUUCGUGACAUUCGCUACCGCCGAAGAGCUCAAGGAAGCAUGUGCAAACGUAAACGGGUCCUUCUGGCACGGGCGGCGCAUUACCUGCAUUCCGCGGAGCCCCGACGACGGGUCAUCCGGGCCGAAAGCGCAUCGGAACAGGAGCAUGCCCAGGGCGCCGACCAGCCAGCUCUUCAUCGGCAACAUCCCCUACGAGACGACCGACGCGGAGCUCAACCGACUUUUCAAGGGCAUGGAUAACCUCAGGGACGUGCGGGUGGCCGUUGACCGCACUACGGGGUGGCCGCGGGGCUUCGCGCACGCCGAUUUCACGACGGUCGAAGCGGCUACCGCGGCUAAGAACAAGCUGGAGGGUGCUAUGCUGGGCGACAGGCGAUUGCGGAUCGACUAUGCCGAGGGCUAUCAGAGAAAAGGCGCAGACUUGCGUUCACGCCCAUCCGAGCCGCGCGACAAUUCUAUGGAGUAAAGGGGGAGUGCCGUGCUUUGUUUCGACAGGAAGGUGGGCGGUCUCUCGUCACCAAGGGUCGGAAGUUGAUGGCCGACGUACAUGAAAGCUGUAACCUGUAAAAUCAUCUGCGAUGUGCUGUUUCCUGGUAGCAUAGAUGUAUAAUAGUUCGGGAUCUCCAGCCAGACCGGGACUCGCUUUGUUGUUGGGGCGACGCCGACAAUGUGUAGACGGUGAUGCGCAAGGCGACCCCUGGCUUCGGACAGGCCACGGCAGUCCAAGGCACAUGCUCGGCCGGAGUGGGGCUCCGGCACCAGCAACCGCGAAUUGGAGAAGAGAACCCGCUGCCUCGGCUUAAGUUAAUAUCAAUCAGGUGGCGGGCCUUGAACAGCGGCC